AUGCCCCUCGGCGUGGGAGUCCUCGACCUCCUGCUGACUCUCGUGGUCCUGACCGACCGCAACCCGCGCGACCUCUACUACUGGUUCAUGUGCAUACCACCGCUCAUGCUCCACGCCCGAGGCCUGGGCAGCUGCGCUGCGGCCCUCGUCCUGGUGCUCCUCCAGACUUCGGCCCUCCGCUACAUCGUUUCUUCUUCCACCGUCUCCUUGAACGGAUUUCGACACACGCUACUCGGUGCGUCGAUGUCGGACGGCUGGCUGCUGGUCGUGGUGACGGUGUGCGCGGUGGGCACCCGCUACUCGCGCGAUGCGGUGCUUCGGGGACAGCUGCGCAAGGCCCUCGACGAAGCGGCCCGGGCCAAGAGCGACUUCCUCGCCAACAUCAGCCAUGAACUGCGCACGCCGAUGCACGGUAUCAUUGCAAUGAGCAGCGAGCUGCAAUCAACCCUGGCACCGAACACUAAGGCGAGCCAAGCCGUGGCGAUCAUCGCAGACUGUGCGGACCACUUGCUGUCGAUGGUCAACGACCUGCUCGACGUGGCGCGCAUCGAGGCGCAUCAGCUGGAGCUCGCGCACAUCCCGUUCUCGGUCGUCAGCGAGACGCACAAGGUCAUCGACAUGCUGCGCUCUCCCGCAGACAAGAAACAUUUAGAAAUGACUGCGAUGGUCGACGUGGCCAGCCCGCAGCACGUCGGCGACCCCGUCAGGUUCAGGCAGAUCGUGUACAGCCUCCUCUCGAAUGCCAUCAAGUUCACACCGGAGAAGGGCGCUGUCUCGGUCACACUGACUAGUCGCAGCGACUCGGGUCUCAUUGAGCUGACCGUACGCGACACCGGCAUUGGCAUCUCCGAGGACCACAUUGCCAACCUCUUCUCGGUGGAUGCGUCGGUCAGCCGCCGAUACGGCGGAUCGGGCCUGGGCCUGGCCAUCAGCAAGCGCCUGUGCGACGCCAUGGGUGGGACCAUCGGAGUCACCAGCCAGCCGAGCCAGGGCUCGACCUUCACCGUGAUCCUCCCGCUGCCCUGCGCAGCCGCAGAACCCGAGGCCGACACCGCCACCACCGGCGCCGCGGCGAGCGAGGAGUCUGUUUUUGGUGCCGACCACAACCGCAAGCAGGAGAGGGAGAUGAAGGAGGAGCAGGACGAGGACGUGGGCGGCGCUGCGGGAGGGGCGUUCGCGGGACUCGAGGUGCUGCUGGUUGAAGACAACCCCAUCAACCAGCUGGUGGGCAAGCGCAUGCUCCACAGCCUCGGUUGCAAUGUGACCGUGGUGGCGAAUGGCCUGGAGUGUGUGCAGAUGCUGGCGCGGGGUAGUGAUGAGGUGGAGGGAGAGAAGGCGUCGACGAUGUACGACAUCAUUCUCAUGGACUGCCAGAUGCCGGUCAUGGACGGCUUCAAGGCCACCCAACACAUCCGCGCGCUCGAGAUGAAAGCUGAAGGAGCGGCUCGCCACGGUUCGCCCUCUCUGCCCAUCAUCGCCCUCACCGCCUCCGCCACCAAGGAAUACAGCCGAAAGUGCGUGGAGGUGGGCAUGUCGGACGUGCUGUUCAAGCCUCUGCGAAGGGAAAUGCUGGCCGCCGCGCUCGCAAAGUGGGCGCCGACUGCUGGCGAGGCCCGGGGAAGGACUUCCACUACAUCAUCAACCACAACGCUGGCCUGUUCCUCAUCAUCUUCGCCAUCUCCCUCUUCAACCACCACCGCGACAGCCACCACCGCACAGCACAUCUCCCGGAGCAAGUCUCACAACUCGUCGUUCCCGAUCGUUCAUUCCUCUCCCCUGCCUCUCCACGACUCUUCAACUUCUCCCUCUUCAUCAUCGUCGUCGACGGCCGCUGGUGGUAGCUCGCGGAAUCGGUCGCGAAGCCUCCCGAUGCCCGUUCCACCACCCCGACCGUCCCUGGCGUCCUCCUCGUCGGCCUCUGCCGUCAAGAGCCUGCGCGAUACCAUCGGUAACCCCACCACACGGCGCGCGCUCCUCUUCACUCGCAAGGAGAGCACAUGA